AUGUUCUCCUCCGCUACCUUGAAGUUGGUUAAGAACCAAGCAAUUGCCAGAUCUGCCCUCAGAUCCACCUCCAGAUUGUACUCUCACUUGCCACUCAGUGUCCCAAUCACUUUGCCAAAUGGUGUCAGUUACGAACAACCAACUGGUUUGUUUAUCAACAACGAGUUUGUUCCAUCUAGACAAGGAAAGACCUUCGAAGUCAUUAACCCAUCUACCGAAGAAGAAAUCACACACGUUUAUGAAGCCAGAGAAGAUGAUGUUGACAUCGCUGUCAACGCUGCCUACAAGGCUUUCAACUCUGAAUGGAAAACUGCUGACCCAAUCAGCAGAGGUGAAGUUCUUUUCAGAUUAGGUGAAUUGAUUGAAAAGCACUCCGAGGUUUUGGCCGGUAUCGAAUCUCUCGAUAACGGUAAGACUCUCGCGAACGCUAGAGGUGACGUCGGCCUUGCCGCUAAAUACAUCAAGUCUUGUGCUGGUUUUGCCGACAAGAUUUACGGUAAAGUUAUUGAAACCGGUGACACUCACUUUUCAUACACCAGAAGAGAACCUUUGGGUGUUUGUGGUCAAAUCAUCCCAUGGAACUUCCCAUUGUUGAUGUGGUCUUGGAAGAUUGGUCCAGCUUUGGCCACUGGUAACACUGUUGUGUUGAAGCCAGCCGAAGCUACUCCAUUGUCCGCUUUGUACGUCUCUCAAUUGGUUAAGGAAGCUGGUAUUCCUGCCGGUGUUGUCAACAUUGUUCCAGGUUUCGGUGGAACUGUUGGUGAAAGAAUUUCAAGCCAUCCAAAUAUUAAGAAAAUUGCUUUCACUGGUUCUACUGCUACUGGUAAGCGUAUCAUGAAGGCUGCUGCCGAAAGUAACUUGAAGAAGGUCACCUUGGAAUUGGGUGGUAAAUCUCCAAAUAUCGUUUUCGACGACUGUGAUGUUGAAAAGACUGUUCAGAACUUGGUCACUGGUAUCUUCUUCAACUCUGGUGAAGUUUGUUGUGCUGGUUCCAGAAUUUAUGUUCAAGAAGGUAUCUACGACACCAUUUUGGAAGAAUUCAAGAAGGCUGCCGAUGCCAUCAAGGUUGGUAACCCAUUCGACUCUUCCAGUUUCCAAGGUGCUCAAACUUCUCAAAUGCAAUUGGACAAGAUCUUGAGUUAUGUUGAUAUUGGUGAAAAGGAAGGUGCUCGUAUUGUUACCGGUGGUAAGCGUGAUGGUGAUAAGGGUUACUUCGUCAGACCAACCAUUUUCGCUGAUGUUAAGGAAGACAUGAGAAUUGUCAAGGAAGAAAUUUUCGGUCCUAUUGUCACUGUCAGCAAGUUCAAGACCGUUGAUGAAGUUGUUGCUUUGGCUAACGACUCCCAAUACGGUUUGGGUGGUGGUGUCCACACUACUGACCUCAACAAGGCCAUUGAUGUCGCCAACAGAAUCAACUCCGGUACCAUCUGGAUUAACACUUACAACGAUUUCCACUAUGGUGUUCCAUUCGGUGGUUUCGGUCAAUCUGGUAUUGGCAGAGAAAUGGGUGAAGCUGCCCUUGACAACUACACUCAAGUCAAGGCUGUCCGUGCCAAGAUCACCAAAAGACCAUGA